AUGCCGCCGAAAGGCAAGAGGAAGGGAGCGCCGAAGCCACGACCACUUAGUCCAGUUUUGGCUCGUAAGCGAAAGCACCCCGAUAAUGAAGAGCCAACACCUCCGUCCCGCUGGAGUUGGGUCAAACUCGAUGGGAAAGUGGCGGAACAGAUCACCCCUAAACACAUGAUCUGGGCCUGUGGGUUUUCAGAAGAGAGCGGACUGCCAGUAUGCCCAAAUAUUUGGUCGAAAGACGUGAAGGAGGGAGAUGAGAAAGGCAAGGGCAGAGCCGUGGACACGGGCGCUUAUGAUGCCUCCGUAUCUGGAAAGAGUCAAAAGGCGGAGGUCAUCGAUCUAACGCUGCCAACACUUUGCAGCAAAAAGAAAUGCCGGGAUAAUCCCAAUUGCUUAAACUAUUUGGGUCAGGAUGCUUGGGAAGACGAGGACGAGGCACGCGCAGCUUUCCUCCAAGUCGCCAGGCUUGGGUAUGACCCAAGGGAGUUGAACAGAGAUCCAGAAAUUCCAGUGGGGCUACGGAAUCUUGGCGCAACCUGUUAUGCCAAUGCCUUCAUCCAGGUGUGGUUUCAAGAUUUGGCUUUCCGGGCUGGGGUGUACGCGUGUAAGCCGACUGCUCCUGAGGGAAAGCAAUUGGAGGAUGCUCCUUUGUUCCAACUUCAAGCUACCUUUGCUGCACUGCAACAAUGUCGGCAAAAUAUCUAUAAUCCAAUCAAGCUAGUGGAGAGUUUGGGGUUGCGCACCUCCGAACAGCAGGAUGCCACUGAAUUCAGCAAGUUAUUUAUGAAUCUUCUUGGGGAGCAAUUCAAGUUGCAAGAAGCCCCAUCUGUCAAGACCCUGCUGCGUGAUCAGUUCGAAGGGCACCUCACUUAUUGCACGACAUGCAAGGGUUGUGGUCACACAUCCGAGCGAGACAGCGAAUUCCUCGAGCUUGAGCUAAACCUCGGAUCAAAAUCUCAUCUGGAGGAGCGAAUACUUGAAGUCUUGCAAAAAGAAGAGUUGACGGAUGACAACAAGUACAUGUGCUCCCGCUGCAACUCGCUAAAGAACGCUACUCGUUGGGUGAAAUUACGAGACUGUCCUCCAGUGCUUCACUUUCCUCUAAUGCGCUUCGUCUACGAUAUCAAAACGUACGAACGGAAGAAGUCGAAGCAGGUCAUUCAAUUCCCGCUCUCUUUAAAUAUGAAACCCUUCCUCAACGGUGGAGCAUACAUGGACGAUCAAAUUUAUGAUCUUCGAGGUGUCCUUCUGCAUCGAGGACUUAGUGCAUAUCAUGGUCAUUAUAUCGCGCAAGCAUAUGAUGUCAGCAAGGGGCAGUGGUUUCAAUUCAACGAUGAGGAGGUUUCACCUCUGGAUGGUUUGAUGGGUGGAAAUUCGGCAACUGCUGCAGCGGCAAGCAGCAAAUCAUCGCAAACAUCUAAGGAGAACAAGAGUACAAACAUAACCAGCAUCGUCGAAAGUGAAGGAGGCAUCCGGCCGAAGUUUGAUGAGGAGGAUGAACGACCCGUACCAAUACAGGACAGAGGCAAGGAGAAGGUAGAGCAUGUCGUUGAGCUAUUAGAUGAUGAAGUCGAGCCAGAGCCUUCCGAGCAUCCGAUCGACUCAUCAACCCCGAACAGCAUUCCGCGAUAUCUCCGAUCGAAAGACGCAUAUAUGCUCAUAUAUGCUCGCCGAGACGUGAUCACACCAGCAGAUGUUCCUGAAUGCCCUCUCCCUGGGACCUCCGGCGCAUCCGCUAAGCCGGACUGCAACACACCUGCUAUUCCACCGGUCCCACUCGCAGCGCAGCGCGAGGUAGAUCGUCUUAAUGAGGAGCACGACCGCAAGUGCGACGAGUAUGUGAAGAGGGAACAAGUUGUACUAGAAACAUUCUCUCAAGUUCGUGCCGUCAAGCAGGAGAUUUACAGCAGCUGGAAUAUACAGACUCAUGAUGAUGACUCCGUUGUAGUCAAUGCGGAACAGCUAACCAAGUGGCUUGGGCAAGGUCUCGAUGUGCCAAAGCAGCCUAUAAAAGAGACAGAGAAUGACAUUGAGGUUCUGGAAUCAUUGGCGGUAAAUGCAGAGAGCGGGGUGGAAGCAACCACUCCUGGAUCCUCUGAAACGCCAAGAUCGUCAAUCCCGCCCCCAUGUGGCCGAGAGCUGGAGAAUAUCAUUCCGACCGCGCCGAACAUUCUUCCCGAAAACGAGCCAGAGCCCAUCGUAUCAGACGCUGACUCUUCCAAAACUCUAGUCUCAUCACCCCCUGUAGCCAAUCCCGCAGUUCUACAGACGAACUGGUUACAAGGUACAUUAACCAGUGACUCUCUUUGCGAACAUGGCUUGAUUGUGCCUCCUGCAACAUCGCUGAAGCGAAUCAACCAAGCUGCUUAUAUGCGCUUGCUGUCUCUUGGCGUGAUCUUCGAGCCUGCUCUGGCGCAUACCGCCGUAUGCCCUGAUUGCACCGAACAUGUCGUGUCGGAGCGCAUUUAUGGGAUCCGCCACCCGGAGCUUGUCAAGGUGUUCCAAGAUCAGAAUAUUAUUCACAGCCCUGAGGAUGUUGCCUAUUGGGUAUCAAAACAGUGGCUCAAGGAUUGGCUAAGUUCACGCCCCAAAAUGCAUGCGUACGGUCAAUUGGAUCCCCCGCCUAAUGCAGAACCAUGGAAGAACGACCUUGUUUGCGAGCAUGAAGGAUUGAAGAUCUCAGAAAAGGACAGAAAACUCGUCUCUGCUCAGGCUUAUCGGCUGUUGCGGACCAUCUAUCCUGGAUGGGAGACCUUUUCGAACACAGUUGAAGUCUGCGUGGUCUGCCAAGAAGCGGAAGACUUGACAUCCGACGCUCGUGCAGAUGCACGGAAAGCUGCGGAUCGAGAACGAAGCAGGUUGAGGUCCAUGCUCUCCAUAAAUCCACUGGCCAGUCGGCCGGUGUCGCUUAUCGAAGGCUUCGUGUAUGCGGUCGUCCCAUCCGCAUUUAUUCGAGCUUGGCGGUCGUGGCUUAUACAUCCAUUGACCAACUCUCGGCCCACGUCAUUGGACACGUCGAUAUUCUUCUGUCCCCACGAGAAGAUCUAUUUCGACUCGAAUGAAGCCGUUGAUAUGGAAGACGUGGACUUGGUGGUGAUCAAAGAGAGUGAAUGGAAUAUCCUAGCACAACUGUAUCCGGCAGGCCAGAUGAUUCGAUUAGAACCAACAACUCAUAUCGAUGAAAACGAAACAGUGCGGAAUGUCGUGAUCUGCAAUCAAGAGGUUUGUCAGCAGUGUCGACGAGAGAGGAAGAGUUCAUUUGAAGAAGCCCCUGUUACAAUGUACUUUAUGGACAUAACGGACCCGCUUCCCAUCGGUAAUACGCCAAAUUCUGAGCAGCCGAACGCGCCCUCCGCAUCAAACGCAGAUGAUCUCGAUAUCGUUUCGGUCUCCGCCCAAACAGGAAAAUCUUCCCCUGUCAAGUCCGAGUCCACUCUGGAUGCUUACGUGUACGGCACUAGUGGCAACUACGACGGUGGUCUUCGUAAGUCUAAGCGCCUUCGGGCAACCAAGCAACGAGGUAUGAAUAGAACUAUAAUCAUCAGGAAAGGAGAUACCGUGAAAGACAUCAAGGUGGAGCUCUUUGAUCAGUUCAAUAUCCCUACUAUAUAUCAACGUUUAUUUCAUGCCGGUCGAGAGAUCACAGACUGGAGUGACAAGACCGUGGCCGAUAUCGGCAUUCUUGCUCAAGAUACGAUUUCCGUACUCGAAGUAAAGCCUGUGGACGAAGAUGACGACGAGGGAGGACGGCCUAAGAAGAAGCGUAGAGAGGAGGGACCUGCUUUUGGCGGCACUCUUCUCAGCCGCGGCGGCAUUCCUCCCCCUGCAUCUGCAACGGCCCCUGCAGUUGAUACCAACGCAUCUCAUAAACCUGAUUCUAUGGAUUCCUCGCAUGCCUGUGCGGUCGCAGAAGCUCUCUGCGCCGCUCCAAGGCCGCCGGAUUCCAACGCUCCGACAGAUCUGGCCGACUUCGAAGACAGCCUGCACUGCCCGACGUGCACCUUCAUCAACCCAGCUGGGGUCUCCGCUUGUACGAUGUGUGACACUCCAUUUGCUGUUGCAUAG